UAUAAACUUGAAGGUUAAUUUACAAUCAAAAAUUAAAUCCUUUCUAUCUGAUGAUUCAAUUAAAUUAACCAUGUUAAAUUGUGAACGAAUUGCAUUCAUAUUCAAUGGUACAUUAAUCGGUUAUCAAGUUAAUUGUUUACCCUCUAAAUCACAAUUAACCAAAUUCAAGACAAUCAAAGUGUUCAUGUUAAUUGUUCUGAUACGAUCAGUGUUAAUCAGUUUGUUAUCAUCAAGUGAAAAACAGUUUCUCUCAAUGACUACAAUUAACUUAAUCCUCGGUGAUUCAACUAAUUGUUUGUCUCAACAUUUAAUCAUCAAACUAAUCAUAUUAUUAAUAACAAUUUGCUUCACAAUGUUGUUCAUAUCUUGUCAUCAACCAUUUAAUUAUAAAAACAAUUCAAAUGAUUUAAAAUUAUUUCACAUUUGCAAUCAAAUCUAUUCAACGGGUUCGUUAAUUGCUGACCAAAUUAACCUUCAUCAACCUAAAAAUUUACUACAAUUAAGAUUAUCGCUUAAGCUUUUAGUAUGUUAUCAAGGAAUCACUUUAACUCUGGCCACUGGGUAUCUAUUGUUUUAUAUUAAUUGUUCAUUUCGAUGUCAUCUAAUUACCAACCAAUUGUCACAAUUAACAUAUCCAACGUUGAUUAGUUCAACUUUCUGGAUAACAAUUAACUCAAUUGUCGCAGCAACUGCUUUGUUUAGUUGUUUCUGGUUCUAUUUUCACAUUUUCAUUUUCAUUCUUUACAUUAAAUUAAGAUUAAAAGAGUUAAUUAACGUAAUGAGAGCAAUUAACUGUACCUCUAAUCGUCAAUCUGAUCAUUUUAAUAACCUACAAUUCCAGUGUUUAGUUAAUUGUAAUCGUAUUCUUAAUGAUAUUGAAAAGGCAAAUUGUGAGAUCAGAUCAUUGAUUCUAACUACUUUCUCAUCAUUAGCUUUAUUUACUGAUUUUGUUUUAUUUGCUUGUUUGAUUAUCGGAAUCGAUGAUCCAUUAAUUAAAUGGCCAAUCUUAAUUCCGGCAACAAUUACGUUAAUUGGUAUUAAUGGUUUCUCAAAGUUUCUCUUGAUUCCAGUUAAUAGUAAGGUUGAUGAGUUAAUUGUUUUACUUCAUAAUAUGUCAGCAAACAAUUGUUGCUCUGAUCAAAAUGAAUUGUUAAUCAUUCAAAUCAAGCUUUUGGCAACCCUGGACCGGUUAAAGGUCAAGCCAAUUGGUUUCUGGAUUGGUCAAGUUUUAAGAAUUGAAUCUUAUUGCUUAUUAAAGGUAAAACAAUUUAAAUUAAUCAAUACUUUUUUUUUAAUCUUGAUCAUUAAUUGUUUUGUUAAUUUACAGAUAAUUAUUGAAAAUUCAACAAUCUUUUUACUAAUGAUUAACGCUUACAAUCAAGUUGGGACAACUUAA